AUGGGGGCCGUUUUUGUGGUUACUGCCAUGUUUGGGGGAGCCAGCCGUCCCGAUUCCUUCUUGGAGGCUCCUUACGGCAUUUUCAUUUUGCUUGACAGCGUCUUCUUUGCUAUAUUCUUGUUCUCCGUGACCAUGUGGCUCUGCUUGACGUCACCACUGGUUCCGUCGACGGUCAUCACCAUCCUGGCCAGCUUGUGGAACUCCAUAUGGAACGCCUCAAACUACGGUGAUUGGGGCCAUUUUUCUAGCCUCCCCGUUGUUGCUCCUGUUUGGAUUGUCGCGGGCGGCAGUGUACUUUUCAGUUUCUUCCACGGAAUGAGAUAUAUUUUGUUUAUGAAGCGUGCCGUUUUCAUUUCCGUUCUUGUCGGGGUUGCUCUGGCCAUUUCAUUCAGAGUAUCGAGAACCGCACCGCUGUCAUACCCCAGACACCCUAUCAGCGACCUGAUUUACAAAGCUCAGAUUGCGCACGACCAUUGGGUCAAAGAAGCAACAGUCAGCAGCAAUAUUAGGGCAGGCGCUCACAUCUACCAGCAGCGCCAUGACGGAAGGCUGCCUCCUCCAAACUUCGAUGCAUGGUACGAGUACGCCCAGGGAGCCACCAUUAUCGACACGUUUGAACAAAUUGAUGAGGACCUCUCGCCAUUCUGGAGCUAUCCGCCCGAGGUUCUGCGAGAGAGGGCGGAAGCUAUGACUUCAAUUCCUGGGGUAUUCGCCAUCAUAAUCAGAAAUGGAAAGGUCACGUACAGCGAUGCUGGAAACAGAGAGGAGCAGCGGGGAUUACAAGAGCUCUCGGAAACAAUCAGCAAGUUCUCAAAGCACCUGCCAGACAUGACUAUUCCGAUCAACCUCGGCCCGUCGCCACGAGUCCUUCCUGUAUGGGAAGAGACAUACGGCCAAGGCCAAGGGCGCUUCGGGUGGGGUGCUGGCCCUUCCAAGAGGUGGCUACCGGAUAUGGCAGAGGGGCAUCUCGACCCUCGGGAAGUUGGCCUCGAGCUUGACGCCGCACGGUCAUCCGGAGCCCUGUCUCCCUUCAGAUUCCGUAAUAUGCUCAUCAACGCCUGCGCACCCAACUCGAAGAGCAGGAAGAAGAUGAUGUGGGACUUUGCGGCUCUGUGUCCAGACUGCGUCGAGCGUCACUCAAAACACGAAUUCCUGGUCAGCUGGAACAAUUCCAUGGAAAUUUGUGAACAGCCGGACCUGUUGAAUCUCCAUGAAAUGUUCCUGACAAGUUCGGAUAUUGAUCCGAUUCAGGAUCUGGGCCCUCUAUUCAGCUUCUCCAAAACAGACGCCUUCGGCGAUAUACUUAUUCCUCUCCCCGGGCCGACUCUCGGAGGGGGUGAACCGGACAUAAAAUGGGAGUUCAAGAGACGCUACGAUUCUCUCUUCUGGAGAGGCAACAUUGGGCACCAAGACGGUAACGGGCAAGUGCUACGUGCCAGCCCAAAGUAUCGGCUGCUGCACCUUUUACUGGACCCGGGCUCUCACGAAGAGGUCGUCGUAGUACGGGCGGGCCGUGGCCGGGACGUCAAUGAGUUUGGGUACGAAGCGAUGCCAGCAUCAGAGGCAAACAGCCUGCUGUCAUUUGAUGUGGGCAUGAAUGGUCUAUCGGAGUGUUCGGGUUACCAUUGCGAGAUUGUUAGGCAAGCGUUUGAAGCCAUGGACGACAACCAAGAGCCGCUCGAGUACCGCUAUGUGCUACUCGUAGAUGAGAAGACGAGCAAGCCGGAGCAGCUGAUGCGGGCGAUUCGUUCAAAGAGCAUGCCAAUGGUGUCGACCAUCUUCCGGUCGUGGUACACAGAACGCCUUCGACCGUACCUCCACCUCGUGCCCAUCGACAUGAGAUUUCACGGACUACACACGACAUAUCUCUACUUUACCGAGUCGGCCAACCAGGUCAAGUAUAACAAAGUAAGCUCAGGUCCUGGCCAAGUGGGAAGCCGGGAUGACGGCGAGUGGAUCGCACUGCAGGGCCAGAAGUGGGCGGAAAAAGCUAUCGGUGAGAAGGAUAUGGAAGCAUAUCUCUUCCGGCUUCUAUUAGAAUGGGGCCGGCUGAUUCACAACGACAGAGAUAACAUUGGAUUUCGGGCUAAGUAA